UAUGGAUGAGCAGUUUCAUAUGAAUAAUGGAAGAUAUUUCUGGCAUUGUGAUUUCGGAAGAUUGAAACUUCUAGCCGAAACUGGAAUGUUAGAAGUUAUGGAAGGUUUGAAACCAAAAGCUUAUACAUUAGUUGCCGCCUCAACUAUUCGUUAUAGACGUUCUUUAGAAUUAUUUGAAAAGUUCACAUUAGAAACUGAACUUGUUCACUUCGACGAAAAGAAUUUAUAUAUACAACAAAGAGCAAUUUCUUUAAAAGAUGAUUUUAUAUAUUGUUAUAAUGAAAUUGUAGAUAGAGGUCUUAAGAAGUUAGAAACGAUUAAUUCGACUAAUUGUAAGCUAUUUUGGAAUGAGAGUACAAAAGGUUGCGGUGAUGAUUGUAUUAUUAAAGGAUAUUAUGAUAAUGAACAAUUGAAACCUUAUUCUUAUCCUGCUAUCCGUAACGCUAAUUUAUUGUCAAAAUUAAGUACCAGACCUAAUGGUUUACCAAAUGAAACGUCGUUUUAUACUGCCAUGCUAACUACGAAGACGGAGGAUGACCUACGUCAUAUCUAUGCUUUAUCUUUAGCUUUGGAAGAAGAAUAUUUAAAUAGAGAUCGAAUUUGUCUAUUCUUUUCAAAACAUCCAGAUAGGUUAAGAUUUGUUAAUUUAGGAAUAAGACCCGAUUACUCUUGUAAAGAAAGAUGGGCUGCCUGGUAUCUUAAUAUAAAGCCGGGCUAUCAGGCAAAUGUUGAAAGAAAUGUAGAAGGUUUACUGGAACCUGUGAUAACGUAUAAUGACGGAAAAUGGACAGAACCUUAUUAUGAUUGUAGAGGUACAGAUAUAUGGAUGGUUACAUACAGUUCUCCUGUAUUCAAAUACGAAAAUGGUACUUUCUAUUACUUAGGAUCUUCUAUUGUAGACGUUGGAUUAACAAAUUUUGACGUUAAUCAAUGCGAUCAGGAGCAUAAAUCCAAUUCAUCCGUUAUUGUUAAUCUAUUUAGAGGUACCCAUAACUGUGAUAGAAAUAGUACAGAUUGCAAACCUAUAAAAGGUUUAGGAUUUCGAACAGGAACUUUUGAGUGUAUAUCAUCUAGUGCUGAUUUUGAAGACAUACCUCAAAUAAGGAAAUCAUUAGCACCAUGGCAACAUUCAAAGUAUACUCAAGCGGAAGAUACAGAUAUAAAAGAUUCACCUGAUAAUUUUGUUAAACAGUCGGAAAGAUGCUUAUCAAUUAAUCCAUCGGAUUUUGCUAAUAUUCAUCAAUCGGAAGUAACAAAAUGGAAGACAGAUACAUUAUUCCCAAAAGGGUAUCCAGAUGUUAUAUAUAAAAAUAUGAAAAAUGACGGAGAAGUUCUCUUAUAUUUUACAAAAUUAUUCGGAGAUGGAUCCUGGCUUCCUAUUGAAACUUCUUAUCUAGAAAAUAGAAUAUCAAAUGCUUUAAAGUCAGCCGUAAGCUCCCAACAUUUUACCAAUUCAGCAUUAAAAAAUAUACCAAAUGUACAUAUUAAAGGAGAUCGUCCCGAUAAUAUUAUGAAAGCGUUACACUCUUUCUUCUCAGAUUUAAGUAAAGAAAGAGAAAAGAAAUAUAAUGGAAAAAAUAUGAAUGAAAGUUACUUGUCAGAUGGAUAUAUUAACUCAAUGUAUAAAGAAAUUCUUAACGUUCCUAUCUUGUUCAAUCAAACUAACAAAUAUGAAAAAUUCAAAACUAUCUCAUGGUUUAAAGAGAUUCUUUUGGAUUUGAAAUCUGGUAUUAAUGGAUAUUAUAAAGUUUUACAUAGAAAUGAAAUAGUCACUUGGAUUAGCUGGAAAACAUUAAAUGAAUUUCAUCGUUUUUUAGUUUGUCGCCAAUGGCCAAAGAUUGACGGAUGUCCAAAAGUUUGUGAUAAUGAACAAAAUUCAUGUUCAAAAUUGGCUGGAAGUAUUGACGAUAGAUGUAGAUUUGAAAAAAUAGAUUAUCAGAAAAAUAAGAAAGCGCCCAUUCCCAUUUUACCUGGUAUAUUCUUAGGACAAAAGUCAUGCAAAUGUCAAAAGGGUUUUAAAUGGGAAAAUGAUGGCAAGUAG